AUGCACACUCCGACAACCGGACCACCAAAGCUGCGGCCGCGAUCUGGCCGGACGCCGCUUCAGCUCAAGAACUCUCCCGCCGAUGUCAUCCACCCUUCCGCAAAGCUCAAGCCCAAGCCCAAUCCCGAUCAGCCAUGUUUGGAGAUCUCAGCAAUCGACAAAGAGAACAAUCCAAUCGCCGCCGCCGCAGCCGUAACACCUCUAGCUCCGCCGCUAGAGACAUCGCUGGCGGAGGAGCUUAGCGCGAUCAAGAAAAAGCUGGAGAGGCUGAGAGCAGACAAGGAGAGAACGGAGAAAACGCUAAACGAGAAACAGGCGAUGCUGGACGUGAAGCUGAAGGAGAUGGAACAGAGAGGAGAGAUUCAGAAGAACCUCGAGAUCGAGGUCGAUAGAUUGUUCCGAUUGAAGGAACUCAAGCAUCGAUGCAUGAGAGUUUCUCCGAUGCGAACGCUCAGGGAGAAGGAACAAGAGAAGAUCGUCAACGAAGCACCGUUGCAAUCCGAGGUGAAAACCGAGGAAACGGUGAAGUUUGAAUCUGAAUCUGAAUCUGUUGAAGACGAAUGCCACGUUCUGCAAAGUCCGGGCUCAGCUUCUUCACAAACUCAUACUACACAUACAACAAAAUCAGAGAAUUGAGCAAAG